AGACGUAGAGUACAUGCACUGCACUGUACACUUGGAAGUGGGUGAUCGGGAUAUAAACUUGACACGUUUUUGGAAGGAACUUUAUUAUCGAAUCUGAACCGAUUGAACAGUUCCCAUUGGUCUAGAGACAAAGAGAAGAACUAAUAUUCACAGCUAGUCGCCGAACUCCACCCUCAUCAUGAGCAAGUUUGGGAACCAGUUAUACUGGCUCCUAUAUCGGAAUUUUCUCUUCAAGCUGCGAUUUAAACAGCUUACGUUUCAGGAGAUCUUCAUUUCCCUCAUUUUUGUUGCCAAUUUGGCCACCCUGCGCUACACCACUCAAACGGAUCCUCUACCCGCUAUCCCCUCUUCCUCCCUGAAAUCGCAUGACCUCUUUGAUCCGCGCUUCGCACCGUCCUCCCUCGAAUUUCCCAUUGCCUUCACUCCCGAUACGCCAGAAGCAGAGAGGGUUGUUUCUGGCCUGGCGUCGCUGCUGAACGUGUCUGCCUCGCCGGGCUAUGUCGGGUAUGCGACGGAGGACGAGAUCUUGAACGAUGUGGUCAAUGGAACAGCUAACAUAAGCAUGGCUUUGGUCUUUGAUGACGCCUUCCCGUCCAAUUUGUCCUACAAGAUUAGGCUGACCUACGGAGCAGUGACUCUGAAUGAUGGUCCAUAUUUGGGUAGUGGAUCUCCAAACUGUUAUUCUGCGGAUCCUGAGUACGGUCUGACAUAUCCCUAUCAGUGUCCGGCAAACUCCUAUCUUUACUCUGGUUUCUCCGCCAUACAAGCCAUGGUAGAACAUCUGAUUGUGAAGUUAGUGACGGGGGACAGCAGCUUAGCCAUGCCCGACGUAUCCAUCCGCAUGUUCCCUAAGGGCCAGUUUGACUUUUCUCUGGACUCGCUGCGUAUCACGGUGUCGGUCUACAUCGUGCUGGCUUACAUGCCCUUUACGGCCGUCCUCCUGACCACGCUGGUCAUCGAGAAAGAACGCAAGAUCAAGGAGGUGAUGAAGAUCAUGGGGCUCAACAAUGUCACCUUCUGGUUGUCAUGGAUUAUCGUGUACAUCGGCAUUGUGUUCAUCGUUGGUCUAAUCAUUGCAGGAUUCAGCAAGGCCAUCACGUUGUUCCCCGAUGGAAAUUUCUUCCUCAUAUUCCUUGGACUCUUUUUUUAUGGCCUCUCAGUGGUGACGAUGUCUUUCAUGUUCUCGCCACUGUUCAAGAAGGCCACCACUGCGGGAGGCGCAGGUAGCUUCUUCAUAAUGCUCUUCGUGAUUCCGUACAUCCCUCUGGCCAUCCUUGGCCCAGAGACGGUUCCUGCUUGGCUGCUCUGGAUCCUCUGUCUCUUCUCUCCCACUGCUAUCGCUUUCUUCAUAGAUAGGUGUGUGCUGUUUGAGCAAAUUAGCAAUGGGGUCCAGUUUAGUAACCUUGGAGACGGCUACUUUCCUCCGUACGCUCCGCUUGUGAUGAUCUUUGUGGACAUCAUCCUGUACCUGCUCCUGGCAAUCUACCUGGAAAAUGUUGUCCCUGGAGCCUAUGGCCAGAGCUUGUCUCCUGCGUUCUUCCUGAAACCUUCCUAUUGGCGUGGCAGCAGUGACAAGGGUCCUAAUGACCAUACUGGACUUCUGCAGGAUAAUAACGGGAGUGAGCAUACAGCUACCAAUGAUGACGCACUGGUCGAACCCGUGCCAGCAGCUAUGAGAGGCAGAAAUGGAAUAAGGAUUCGCAACGUAAAGAAGAUCUUCCGAGGAAAAGGUGGCAAACCAGAUGUCAAAGCAGUGAAUGGUAUUUCUCUGGACAUCUACGAGGGACAGAUCACCUGUCUCCUGGGUCACAACGGGGCGGGUAAGUCCACCCUGAUGAGCUGCUUGACCGGUAUGCUCGGGGUCACUGAGGGUCAGGCCACAGCCUACGGAGCGGACAUGUUUGACCCGGCCGGCGUGGAGAAGAUCCGCAGCAUGACCGGUGUGUGCCUCCAGGAGAACACUCUCCUGGAUCUCCUCACCCCUGAAGAGCAUCUCAAGUUCUACGCAGGACUCUCAGGGAUCCCCAAGGCACAAAUCCCAGACAAGGUGGAAGAGGCUCUGGAUCAGAUAGACCUCAAGAACCAGCGAGCGACCUUUGCCAAGGAUCUUAGCGGAGGUCAGAAGCGAAAGCUCUGCGUCGGAAUCGCCAUCAUCGGUAACCCCAAGAUCCUCUUUUUGGAUGAGCCCAGCAGCGGAAUGGACCCCUACUCUCGACGUAAGAUGUGGUCUCUUCUGAAGAAACAGAGAGAAGGAAGGGUGACUCUCCUCACCACACACUUUAUGGAUGAAGCUGACAUACUGGCAGAUCGUAAAGCUAUUAUCUCAAAAGGGCAGUUGAAAUGCUACGGUUCAUCCUUGUUUCUGAAAAACAAAUUUGGUGUCGGCUAUCGUCUCGGCCUUGUGAAGGAGAGUAACUGUGAUCAAGAUAAGAUAACCGAUGUCAUUCAGACACACAUUCCCGAGGCCUCUAUCACACGUUCUCAUGGCAUGGAACUGGCCUACAGCUUACCUCUCAAAGAUGUCUCUUCCUUCUCUGGCAUGUUCAAGAGCCUGGAGGAGAAGUCAGCAGAUUCAUCGUUGGGCGUCCAGAGCUACGGCGUUUCCAUGACAACCCUGGAGGAAGUCUUCCUGAAGAUCGGAGAGGAAGCUGAGAUAGAUGAGGCGGAUGCAGUUUUUGAACAUACCUCGAAAACAAAGAAAAACCAAAUUGCUAUCGAAGCCACCCAAAUCAAUCUAUCAACACCAUCUAACGGAACCUCUGGCCCUGGACCAACCCCCGAUGUCCCACCAAGUGCAGUAUCUGGCAUGACCAUGGAAGACUCUGGAUCUGGAGCCGGUGCCUCUGUAACGGUCAACAUGGAGCAGUCCCCUCUAGACUCCACCAUCAUGGCUACUCAACCCAUCAUGGUGCAACACAACGAACAGCUCAAGAGUCUGAUCCGCAUCGAGGCAGUCCGCGCUGCCAGGAACCCCGCAACAUACGUCUGUCGACUGAUCCUACCCAUAAUACUGAUGAUUGUGGGUGGUGUCUUGUCACUCGUCAUCACCUUCGGUGGAGAUGGACCGAGCGACGCCCCUGCCCCCCUCGUCUUCACCCCAUCCAUGUAUUUCUCGGCUCCAGGGGCAAGUAUGGAUGAAAAGUCAACCGAUCUGCUCUACCAUAAUUCACUGCCAAAUGGUCAAAAUAUAGCUGACCUAGUGGCAGAGUUUGACAAUCUGAACAUUGAAUCAAAUGCUACUGCCGACUUAAACGCCCUCUAUGACUAUCGACCCCACAAUGGUGCCUUCGAUGUCAUGGAUCUUGGAACGACCGGCUCCGCAAGCCAGUUCACUGCGUACUACAAUGACACAGCCCUGCACUCGCUCCCUGUGGUGCUCAGCAUCAUGUCCAGUGCCCUUCUCAAUCUCUAUGGCAACGCAUCGGUCAUCACAGCCGCCAGCCAUCCCUUCCCCAAGCCGGCCGGCACACCGGAGUACACCUUCACCAGCGGCAUCCUCUUCGUCUACAUCUUUGGCUUAGGAGCCGCCUGGAGUCUCAUGGGAUUCCCCAUUGACAGGGUCAAGGAAAGAGAGACGAAAGUCAAAGCUCAGCUCCGCAUCUCUGGUAUCGACACCCUCUCCUACUGGGGCUCCGUCUUCGUCAUCGACGUCGCUCAGAUGCUCCUGGUCAUCAUCAUCGGUCUCAUCAUCAUUUUCGCCAUGCAGGUGCCCUCUCUGACGACGGGGGGCGCCGCGUUCUGUCUCCUCGUGACGGUCAUCUUGUGGGUGCCCAACGCCAUCGUCCACACCUACUGCAUCAGCUUCAUAUUUGAUAAGUUUGAGACGGUUCAGUCGUAUGCCUUUGUUAUCUUUGUUGAGAUACCAUUGUUCCUCUUUCUACCCACGAUGUUCAUUGACCUGUACGUCUCAACGGCUGCCGCUGCCAGCUUUCACCUGGUCAUGUGUGUGAUCUGGCCAGGCUACGCUAUCUUUGGAUCUCUCUACUUCAUCGACAAGGUCUACCAGCUUGCCUCCAUAAGGGGAAUGGCGGAUAGUGUCACCUUUGCGGAUUACUUUGCUCCCGAGGCGUACAUCUGGCCCACAAUGCUCAUAUUGGUGUUUGACAUGUUCAUGCUCAUCUUUUUCCUGAGAUUCUGCGAGGUUGUGAAAGCCGGUGGCAGAGUGAAGGACACCUGUCCUUGUCUUGUGGCAAAGAAGAUUGGUGUGACAACCAGAAAUGACGACGACAUCCCAGACGAGGAUAGCGAUGUCAAGGAGGAGAGGAUGAAAGUGGAAGAGAUGUAUGAGUCGGACCAGUCCUCUGCCGUUGCCAUCUCCGAGCUACGGAAAGAGUUUGUGAAGAGAGGCGACAGCAAGGCAACGACCAAGGUGGCUGUGCGUAACCUGUCUCUGACGGUACAGACGGGUGAGGUCUUUGGUCUCCUGGGACCCAACGGCGCAGGCAAGACCACCACCAUGAACGUGGUUACAGCUGAUACAGAGGCCACUAACGGACAGGUACGUGUAGGAGGCUAUGACGUGUCUUCGUCUUUGAGCGAUGCCUACGCCUCCAUGGGCUACUGCCCUCAGAUAGACCCCCUCUGGGAUGACAUCACAAUGAGAGAACAUCUGGAAGGUUUCGCAGGGUUCAAAGGUAUACAUCCCACGGACAGGAGGCAAAUCGCUAAUAAUUUCAUGUCUGCUAUCGGAGUAAUGGAGCAUGCUGAUAAGAAAGCCAAGGAAUUAUCUGGAGGAACUAAAAGAAAGCUAUGCUUUGCCUUGAGCAUGCUGGGUAAUCCUAAGAUUGUUCUCCUGGACGAGCCCUCGACUGGUAUGGAUCCAAGCUCCAAGAGAUUCCUCUGGAAUGUGAUCACGUCCAGUUUCCUGGAGAAGAAAGGAGCCAUCUUAACGACCCAUUCUAUGGAGGAGGCUGAUGCUGUGUGCUCCAGGGUGGGCAUCAUGAUCCAGGGACAACUCAGAUGCCUUGGCACCACGCAGCAUCUCAAGGACAAGUACGGUGGAGGCUACAUCCUUGAGAUCAAGCUCAAUCCCGGUGUCCAGUACUACACCAGCGACCAGACCACUACGGCUGUCAUGGACAUACUGGACGAGAAGAUGGACAUCCUUCACAAGCAGGUCCUGUCCCUGAUCCCCCAGGCUGAGGUCACAGAGAGCUUCGCGGAGCGCAUCACCUACAAGAUCCCUCGAGACAGCAGCAUCACGCUCUCCACCGUCUUUGCAUUCUUAGAACAGGGUAAAGAAGAUUAUGGUAUUGAGGAAUACAGCUUCAGUCAGACUACGUUAGAGCAGGUGUUCAUUGACUUUGCCAAGACGCAGGUAGACAAUCCUGACGAGGAGGCAGAGCUGGUGACGGUAGCCGCCCAGGAGAAUGGAAGCAAUCGACCCGGCAGCAGACACAGUGUGCGUCAUGCCCCCACACCACAGACAUCGGUCAAUAUGGAAGUUUAGCCCCACCCCUCCCCCCUCCCCUCUUCAACCAACCCUAACCCAGCUGACACAUAGGUUCUUGAUACAUGUGUCAAUGAAGGGAGAUGUGAAUUGGUCCAGUAGUACUAUCAACUCUCCUUCUUCACCUUUAAACUGAUUAUGACGCACUCAGGGUCGAGACUGAAUCCUGUCUUACAGAUGGUGAUGUUAACUCAUAUCCUGCCAUGAGGCUGCAUGCACGCUACCGUUAUAAUGCUUUGUACACAUGAGUGCGCUAUCGAUUGGCUGCUUAAUUCACUCGGCGAGCCACAGCUUUGCUGCUUUAUGCAUGCAUGCUCGCAUUCGUAAUAGCAGUUAUUGUUCAUGCUCAUUGUACUGUGCUGAGUGCUUCGCACGCUCUAUUGACCGCACCAUCAGAUUAUCUCAAAAUAAAAUUGGCACAGGGGGGAGUUGUGGCUUGGCACAAUGGGGAUUAGCCCUGUGGCACUGGGCUGUAUUCAUUAUGGCAGGAUGAGAGUUAAAGGUCGGUCCCUGGACAUGGAUCAUCAUAUCUAAUUAACACACUUGUGUAAAAUUCCAAUUAUGCACUCACGCAUACACACACAUGCACACAUCAAUGGAGUCGGGAUGAUGAAUUGUAUUCGCUUGAUUGUAUUUUACCUAACUGGUUAGAGUGUGAGUGUAUUCUUGUAAAUAAGUUUAAUCCCCAGACAUAAAUCCACAUUGAUAAUCAUUUCUGAUUUGACGCACUUCUGUAAAAUUCCCAUUUUGUCACAGUUCUACUGCCGAACAACUGAACCAUCCCGUCUGAGAAGAUACAUGUACCCUGUACUUCUCUGAUUAAAAUGAGUGUAAUUGAACAAUUGCUGCAGGGAUAAUUGAUGUAAUCGUCAACAUUUUGUCCAGUGAAAAUACAUAUAUGUUCAUGUCGAUCAUUUUCAGGUGUAACAAAUCAAUGUUUCUGUAAAUUGUCUUGAAGUUACAUUAUCUCUUAUCGUGAAUCAAUGCUUGGAUGUUUUCUUGAC